AUGGAGGUUCAAAAUAUUGAAAGAAUUACAAAGGAGGGGGAGCUUGGGGGCUUAGUCGAUCAUUACAUCCAGAGGGAGGUAUGGGACACGGGAGCCAAAUACCGAGAGGGACGACGGCCUCGCGCUGUCAAGGUAUAUACAAUCAAUUUGGAAUCGCGGUACUUAUUAAUACAAGGAGUUCCUGCAGUGGGAGCCAUGAAAGAAUUAGUUGAGCAAUUUGCUCUAUAUGGUGCAAUUGAACAAUAUAAUGCUCUAGAUGAAUACCCAGCAGGAGACUUUACUGAAGUUUAUCUUAUUAAGUUUAUGAACUUAAGAAGUGCAAGGACAGCCGAGAGAAAAAUGGAUGAACAGAGUUUCUUUGGAGGAUUGCUUCAUGUGUGCUAUGCUCCAGAAUUUGAAACAAUUGAGGAAACUAGAAAAAAACUAGAUGAAAGAAAGGUAUACAUGGCAAGAACUACUCAAAAUAAAGACCAUUACAUGACAAAGAAGAAACUGGUUGCAGAGCAAAAAGACACAAAAGAUUUUAGACAAGACUUCCACUCAGAGAUGUCUGGAUUUUGUGCAGCUGCUAUGAAUGCUUCUACAGGGAACUCAAAUCCUGGUCUUCCUUAUUCUUGUGAAUUGCCUUUAUGUUAUUUCUCCUCAAAAUGUACGUUUUCAUCCAGGGAGCAUGUGGACAGAGCAUCAAACUCCUCUAAGGAUGGUGGAAACCAUGAUCAAACGAGCAGUUACCAUAGUGACUCCUUGCAGAAAAUACAGGUGAACACUUUUAAAAACUCAGUGACCUACUCUGGCACACAAAAAUCUAUUACUCCUUCAGAGGCGGCUGACAGAUUUAUGCCUAGGACAACACAACUGCAGGAGCAGAAAAGAAGAAGAGAAGAUGAUCGUAAACUUGGAACUUUUCUUGAACCAAGCACGAGUAGUAAUGAGGUUAUGAUUGGGCCUCUAUUACCAGACAUACCUAAAGUGGAUCUGCAUGAUGACUCAUUGAAUACAACAGCGAAUUUAAUUUGGAAUAAACUUAAAAAGGUAAUUUCAUGUGCGCCAAAGGCUCCAGAGGACAAGCUGAAAGGUGUGCAUACGAGUCCUCCAUUUAAACACAGAAGAAGAAUAUAG